AUGGGCGUCUUACCACUCGCGCUCUACUCCGCGGCACUGGCGCUCGGCGUCGCCACAGCGGGCGACGUGGCGGUCCUAACGCCCGACAACUUUGACGACGUCGUCGACGGCUCGAAGCACGUGCUCGUCAAGUUCUACGCGCCCUGGUGCGGCCACUGCAAGAGCCUCGCGCCGACGUACGAGACGGUCGCGACGGCCUUUGCCAAGACGGCCGACGUGGUGUUGGCCGACGUGGACGCCGACAACUACAAGGAACUGGGCGCCAAGUUUGGCGUCACGGGCUUUCCCACGCUCAAGUACUUUGCCAAGGGCUCGACCGAAGCCGAAGCUUACGAAGGCGGCCGCACGGAAGACGCCCUCGUGGCGUUCUUGAACGGCAAAGCCGCGACGAACGUGCAGGUGGCGCGCGCCCCGAGCCACGUGGCGGCGUUGACGGACGCGGACUUUGACGCGCGCGUGAUCCACGCGCCGAACCACGCGCUGGUCGAGUUCUACGCGCCGUGGUGCGGUCACUGCAAGAGCCUCGCGCCCGUGUACGAAGAGGUGGGCGCGGUGUUUGAAGGCGAAGACGACGUGCUCAUUGCCAAAGUGGACGCGACGGCCAACCCCGAGCUCGCCAAGCGCUACAACGUCAAGGGGUACCCGACGCUGUUUUACUUCCCGCCCGGGGCCGACGAGCCCGAAGACUACUCGAACGGCCGGGACAAGGCCUCGUUCGUCGAGUUUAUCAAUGACCAGGCGGGGACGCACCGCACCGAGGACGGCAGUCUUGCUACUGCUGCUGGUCGCGUGGAACAGAUCGAGGUGGCCAUCACUGAGAGCGGCGACAUUACGGCCGAAGUGGUGGCGAAGACGCAGGCGAUCGUAGACGGCCUGGAAGGCCGCGACGCCAAACACGGCGCGCUGUACCUGAAGGCCAUCAAGAAGAUUGUCGCCAAGGGCCCGUCGUACGUGGACGCGGAGAUCAAGCGCCUUGAGGGGCUGCUGAGCAACGACAAUGUGACGGCGCAGAAGAAGACGCUCUUUGGGCUGCGCAAGAACAUCCUCGCGUUUUUCCACGAGAAGCAGAACGAGAAGACGGAACUGUAA